AGAUGGUCUUCAUUACCUAUAUUUGAGUCGCAUCUCAUAACUUUAAUUGUUCUAUCUUGUUAAUGUUAAUAGUUUGUGUUUUGCACGUAAGUGGUAACUACAUAAAAUUAAAAAUUGAUAAUGCCCAGUUCGAAAGGUAUGGAAUGUAGACUUUGCCUUGGAAACGUUUAUAGAAUGCACAAUUUAAUAGAAAAUCCUUAUACUACCGACUACGAGCUAUCUAUAAAGGACAGUAUUGAAAAAUUCUUCGAUAUAAAGAUAUCACCGGACGAUAACUACAGUAAACUCAUUUGUGGCAACUGUCUCACUAUCAUCCAUUUCAUUCACAUGCACAGAAAGUCGUUCCAAAGGGGUCAGACAUUUCUGAGUCCCUUAAAAGAUGAAACUCCAAAGGAUAAUGAUCAUAUUGUAUAUAAUACAAUUGCGAAUAUCAAAGAAGAAGUUAGAGAUGAUGUUGCCAGAAUAUGCGUACCUCUGGAAUAUUUCAUAACGACCAACGUGUCAAUUGUCAUAAAUUCGAGAGAAAGACGUUUGGCUGAUUCUUACCUUGGAAUUGAUACGAAGAUAGAAGAAAGGAAAGUUCAACGAGUCGAUUACAAGAAAAAUCCAUAUAACACAACAUCUGGAAAAGACAUUUCAAGAAAACCCUACUUAGUGCGUGACUUGGUACAAGAGAACAUGUUAACGAUAGAUCCUACAAUCGGAUGGCGAGAAGAAAAAGUAGAAAAGGAUGAAUCUGAAAGUUUGCUGACCCUAAGGAUGCAAACGCAGGUGUUUGUGUGUUACGCAUGCAAUAAAGUCUUCGAGAGAAGAUAUAAUUUGAAGCGACAUAUUUUAGAACACGCCUAACCUUUCGAAUAAAAGGGAAAAUACGAAAAACGAGAUUUUAGCAUUGUCUAAGGAAACAUGUUGUAAACUAUGUUAUUCAUUUUAUUUUUCAUAGGAAUUUAUUUCAUUUGAUAAUCUGACUGAAAAUUACCGAAAUAUGAAUUGAUUAAGAA